AUGGAAAUAAAUAUAUCGCUCCUUCCAGAACAAUCUUCAUCGAACAAGGCAACUUCAGCUCAUCAAACAAAUCUAGAUCGUUCAGAAAUACAGGUUCACCAAUUGCCUUGCAAUAUUAAUCAUAAUGGAAAAGCCAAUAUCGAAAAUUAUUUCUUGGUAAACGCGUUAGACGAUAAAACAAACCAAGAUAUAUAUACUUUAAUGGACGAACCGACUAAUCCAAAGGAAACGCUUUAUGAAACAUUUUUCCGUGGCCGUCGUCUUAUAGGCAAAGAUGUAAUAUUAGAUGAUGAAUAUGAAGGUUGCAUAUUUAAAGAAUCAUUACAUAAAUCAAAUGAAGAGAUGCGAAAUUGGGAAACUUCUUUAAAGUUUAAUUCUUUCAUGGUAUGGGAGCAUAAUACUAUUCCUCAACCAUCAAACAAUCGAUUACUAAGUUCUUUGGACUGGUUGGAAGUCUCUAAUGCUGUUCAUGAACCAGCUUUUUCUGAUAAUGAUCCUAUUGUUCUAGCUGAUAAUUAA